AUGGCUUCUGCCCCAGAUACUGAGUCUAUUCCCGGCUACACAAUCUUCCGUGAGGGAGAUUAUGAUAGUGUUGCCGCCGCCGCUAUGUUGCCACAGGGCACCACUCACCCAUUAGAUCAACUUUCCAUCAAGGAAAUCCCCGAGGCUGCAAAGAUCAUUCGUGACUAUGCCAGCCCUAAGUCUAUCAAGUUCAACUGCCUCACUCUCCGGGAACCCAAGAAGGCCGAGUACCAGGCAUUCCGUGCUGGCGCUGUGCCAGCCCCGGAUCGUCGCGCCUUUGCCAUCGUCAUCGUGGCUCAGAGCCACCAAGUCGCAGAGGUGGUGGCCAAUCUCACCACAGGCAAGGUUGAGGAAUGGAAGGAAGUCUCUGAAGUGAUGCCCACUCUGACCCUCGAGGAUCUCGAUGUCAUGGAGCGUAUUGCCCGCAAGGAUGCCCGUGUGAUCCGCGCCUGCAAGGAUAUUGGUAUCACCGACAUGGACAAGGUUUUCCUCGACGCCUGGGCUAUUGGUAUCGACGAGCGUUGGGGCUUCGAGCGUCGUCUCCAGCAGGGUCUGGCUUACUACCGAAACUCCGAAUUCGACAACCAGUACGCCCACCCUCUGGAUUUCACUGUUGUUGCAGAUACCGAGACGGAGGAAGUUCUCAGCGUUGACGUGCGCUACGUCAAUGGUGAGCGUACCGCCGCUCCUCUGCAGGAGCACAACUAUCUCCCCGAGUUCAUUGGCGACAAGUACAACCACGACCGCCUCAAGCCUAUUGAUAUCACCCAGCCUCAGGGUGUGUCUUUCAAGGUCCGCGGCAACGAACUCACUUGGGCCAACUUCAAAAUGCACAUUGGAUUCAAUUACCGCGAAGGUAUUGUCAUCUCUGACGUCCGCACCCACGACAUGUACGAAGAACGCGAGCGUACUCUUUUCAACCGUAUCUCCGUUGUUGAGAUGGUUGUCCCCUAUGGUUGCCCCGAGAAGCCUCACCACAAGAAGCACGCUUUCGAUGUUGGCGAGUACGGAACCGGUCUGAUGACCAACUCCCUGAAGUUAGGUUGUGACUGCAAGGGUGCUAUUCACUACAUGGACGGUGUGAUGUCCACCUCCAAGGGUGAAGCCGCCGUGGUCAAGAAUGCCAUCUGUAUUCACGAAGAGGACAACGGUCUUCUCUAUAAGCACACCGACUACCGCGAUGGUACUGUCAUCUCCGCUCGUGACCGCAAGCUCAUCGUGUCUCAAAUCAUCACUGCCGCCAACUACGAGUACGGCUUCUACCACACCUUCACUCUGGAUGGUACCUAUAAGCUCGAAAUGAAGCUCACUGGUAUGCUCAACACCUACUGCAUGCACCCCACAGAGACAGCUGCACCCUACGGCACAGAAGUGGCCCCCUCAAUCAACGCCCACAACCACCAGCACCUGUUCUCCCUGCGCAUCGAUCCCGAGAUCGACGGCACCAACAACUCCAUCAUCCAAAGCGACGCCGUCUCCGCCGAAGCAGCCGUCGGCUCCCCAGAGAACCCCUACGGCAACGCCUUCUACAGCAAAAAGACCCCCCUCCGCACAGCCCUCCAGGGCGCCGCAGACUACUGCCACGAAACCAACCGCAGCUGGGACAUCAUCAACCCCAACCGCAUGAAUGCCAUUGCCAAGAAGCCCGUCGCCUACAAGAUCCUCAACAACAACUGUCCCCCAAUGCUCGCCAAGCCUGGCUCAACAGUCUGGAAGCGCGCUGCUUUCGCCCGCCACCCUCUCUGGGUCACUCCAUACAAGGAUUACGAGCUCUUCCCUGCCGGUGAUUAUGUCUGUCAAUCCAACGGUGUCGAAGGACACCCCCAUAACUCGACCAUUGCCGACUGGGCCGCCCGCAAUGAGAAUAUCGAGAACACCGAUAUCGUCUGCUACUUGCAGUUUGGUCUGACGCAUUUCCCGCGCACAGAGGACUUCCCUAUCAUGCCUGCUGAGCCGGUUAGCAUCAUGCUGCGUGCUUCGAACUUCUUCGAGAAGAACCCUGCUCUCUGGGUGCCUCCUUCUGCUAUCUGUGUUGAUACGCAGAGCAAAAAUGCUUUCCCUUCGUCUUGCUGUGCGACGAGUAAAUCGCGCAUGUAA